CAGUCCCAAACUGGUCUGUCCUAAACCAGGACCAGGAUGCACCAGCUGUUCAGCCAGGUUCUGGGCCAGAGGGAUCUAUCCAGAGCUGGGGAUCUGUUCUCUCUGGAGGACACAGAGAUCGAGGACUGCCUGUCACAAGCACUGGACCAGAUCAAGGCCAUCUCCUGCUCACCGGACUAUUUGACCAAUGACAAUGACCAGGCGGUGGUGGAGAUUUGCAUAACGCGCAUAACCACGGCCAUAAGGGAGACAAGCUCCAUCGAGCUACACAGUGUGGCACUGGUGGGGCUGUGGGAGUCGUGUCUGGAACAUAACCUCACCCCACAAGGUGAAAACACAGAGGACACCCCGCAUGCCAAGAUAGCCUCCGACAUCACCAGCUGUAUCCUGCAGAACUACAGUUGUCCGUCGGUCAUGGUGCUGGCUGUCCCGGUGGCGGUGCGGUUCCUGCAGAGAGGGAACAGGGAGCUGAGUAGGAACAUGUCCAGUUAUCUCUCCCUGGCUGCUAUAGCCAAGGCUGAUCUGUUGGCUGAACACACAGAGGCCAUAACACUCAGCGUGCUGGGAGGUAACCACAUGCUGUUGCGGGUGUUGCCAUCAGUCUACCCCAGACAACCAGAAACCAUCCACCGUCACCUAGGCAACCUCACAGCAAUGAUGUCCCAGCUGGAGUCCCCAGAGCAACAACACCUGAUCAGGCUCAUUCAGAUGGUUGCAGAACAACAUCCUCUUAUGUUAAGCCCUCAGGUCCCUGCGUUGGUUGGUUACCUAGGUGACCAGUCUCUUACUGAGGCCCUGCUGGGCGCACUCGUAGACGUGUCACAGGCCAGCCCUUCCUCGCUGGUCAGCUUCCUGCCAACGCUGAGGGUUGUGGGACAGCAAUGCCCUGCUCUCCUGGGUCAUGUGGCCAAAAUCCACGGCGCUGUCGGGAUCAUCAGUGAGGUACAAACCACACCACACUCGUUGGUCUACCUGGUGUCCCUUCUGGGCAGCAUGGAGCACAGCUUCCACCACACGCUGCUGCUGGAGAUCAGAGCUCUCACUGACCGUUACCCGUCUGUACUUGGAGGCUGCGGGAAAGACAUCUACAGGAUGAGCAACUCUUUUACGGCUAUGGCCAGGCUGUUGGGCGGACGGCUGGAGGAGAGCAUGGCCACGCGCUGCAGGGCGGACGAGGCGUGCCCGCCAUCUCCCCGUGCAUCUCUUCCAGGGGGAGGAAAAGGAGGAGGUGGGGGAGGAGGAGGAGGAGGGUCGGACGCGUUCGAGGAGAAAAUGGGAGUAGAGACGGGAGAGGAGGAGGUGGAGGAGGUGGAGGAGGACUCUCCUGCCUCCCUGCGAUGCUACAGCCUGAGCCAAGCCGUCAGGGAGGAGAAACGAGACAUGAGAUUCAACAGGUCAAAGAGCUUGGCUCUCCACGCUGUGCGCUCACGCUCCAUCAACUCAGACACCGGGGAGGACGGUGACGGAGUGGAGCUAAGUCCAGACAACAUCUCGUCCAACAAGACUUUGCCUAAUCGGCACUCAGAAAACCAGGAAGCACCACCUACAGACAGGAAACCGACCGGUGACGGCCCCCUAGAGAAGGAUGGAGAGAAACAGGAGCAGGGCGAAGCUGACAGACUCUUCAUCCAUUUAAGAGACAAUAUGGAGACAAUCAGAGAGUUCUGUAAAGACAUGGUGCAGCAGAUCCCCACACCAGAGCAGUGUGUGAUAGAAGAUUCAAAUCGAGGCUGUGUGGCCAAGCUCUCGUUCUCUUGUCCACUGAAGGGCCACUACUGCCUGUACGCCAAGUCCUGCUUCAACCUGAGCAGCCGACAGCCUCACCUUUGGAUUCACAUCAUGCUGCUGCAACUACAGAGUAAGUCCAGUGUCCCUCUGUGCUCCAGGGACGAGUGUGUCCAGAGACUGGCUUCCCUUUGGGAGAAGACUCAGCUAAAAGGAGCUCACAGUUUUCCCAUGGCUAUGACACAGCACGUCACCCCACACAGGAAGGACCUGGACAGUCUUCAGAUCCAGCUGGAGGACGUGCGUUUCUUCGACCUGUUUGGAUAUAGCGAGGAAGAGGGAGGUUGGCUCUGCUUCAUGUGUAACAACCCUGAGAAGGCCACAGUGGUGAACCAGGAGGGGCAGCCUCUGAUCGAGGGGAAGCUGAAGGAGAAGCAGGUCCGCUGGAAGUUCAUCAAGCGCUGGAAAACCCGCUACUUCACCUUGGCAGGAAACCAGCUACUCUUCCGGAGAGGCAAAUCAAAAGAUGAGCUGGAUGACAUACCUAUCGAGCUGAGCAAGGUACAAAGCGUCAAGGUUGUAGCUAAGAAGCGUCGGGAUCGGGGUUUGCCGCGGGCCUUUGAGAUCUUCACCGACAACAAGACGUACGUGCUGAAAGCUCAGGAUGAGAAACAUGCGGAGGAGUGGCUGCAGUGCAUCAAUGUGGCUGUGGCUCAGGCCAGAGAGAGGGAGAACAGAGAGGCUACCACCUACCUGUGAGACCAAAACCAACACAGAUACACGCAUAAACUCACGCAUAUGCAGCCAAACAUACGCUGAGGAACAUUUUUCUUCUAACAGUAGGGCAUUUUUGAGGCAUUCAUAAACCACCACCAGAGUUGUCAAGAAUAAAAUAUCACAGGUACGGACAAACUGUGGUAACCCUGAGGAGGGGAAACGCACACAACAACACACUACACAGCCAGCAGCACUUCAGUAGCACUU